AUGUACGGCCUGUACCUGGAAGCGGUGAAUGACUAUAUCAAUGAGUCCUACGGGGAGGACGUAUGGAGACUGAUUGAGGCCCGGGCUGAGAUCCCACACCUUAAGUUUGUUCGCCACCAGAUGUACAAUGAUAACCUGAUCCUGCGCUUGGCCAAGGCAGCUGGAGAGGUCCUGGGCAAGACCCAUGAUGAACUGAUGUAUGCCUUUGGAGUCUACAUGGUCAAGAGAAUUGGAAAUUAUGGCUAUGAGAGGAUUUUAAAGGUGCUGGGGCGAAAUGUGCGAGACUUCAUCAAUGAACUGGACAACCUGCACGAGUACUUCCGCUUCUCCUUUCCAAAAGUGCAGCCCCCCAGCUUCUGUGUGGAGGAGGAGUGCGAAACCAGCCUGACCCUGCACUACCGCAGCACUAGGAAGGGCUUCACACAGUUUGUAAAAGGACAGCUGUCUCAAGUGGGGAGACAGUUUUACAACACAGAUAUUGAAGUGGAGAUUCUUUCCAAAGAGGAGACUGAGAAGAUGACAUAUGUGGUCUAUAAGAUGAAUUUCGACAAUGCUGCCUUUAAGCACCGCAUGCCCCAGCAGAAGACUGCUCCGGGGUACGAGAAGCUGCCCAUGAAGCGGGGCAUCUUCUUCGACAUGUUCCCCUUCAGCGUAAUCUUCCGCCGGGACAUGACCAUGUACCGCAUUGGGGAUGGGCUCAAGGAGGUCUUCUCCGACCUGCAGGGGAAGAAGGUCAACGAGGAGUUCACCCUGGUGCGCCCCAUGCUGGAGUUCAGCUGGGACAACAUCUAUACCCAUUUGAACAAUGUCUUCGAGCUGCUGUCCAAGGCUGUGGUGGAAAGCAAGCAGAAGGUGAACAUCCCCAAACUGAGCAAAGAGGAGCCAGAGGAGAAGGAGGAGAGUGAGAAACCCAAGAAAGAAGAGAGAGACAUCAAGGCAAUGGAGGAGAUGAAGGGGACAGAUCAGGAGUACAGCAGUGCUCUGACUCAGUACAACAGUUCUGCCAACUCUGGGGGGGAGGACAUCGAGUUGCUGGCCUUUCAGACUGUCACAGGAAAGUGCAGUGAAACCAUUUUUGAGGACAUGCGGGAGCCGCCCAAGAAGCCACUUCAUCUGAAGGGCCAGAUGAAGUAUGUCCCGCAGUGGGACUCCCUCAUCUUCCUCGGGACGCCAAUUAUUGAAACAGUCGAAGAUAUGAUUAAAAUGGGUGUAUAUGUCAACGACCUGAACCUCCACGAUUCCAGCAGAGAGCUCAUUUUAGCCGGAACUCAGCAGUCGGCAGAGCUGCAGCUGGCUCUUGACCAGGAGCAGCAGAAAUAUGCUCAGCUCCAGGAGAUCAUCAAGAAGCUGGAUGAGGAGAAGAAGAGGGGCGAUUCGCUACUGUAUGCCAUGAUCCCCAAGGCUGUGGCUGACCGACUGCGAAAGGGCAUCACAGCAUUGGAGACCUGCCAGGUGUUCCCAGACGUGACCAUCCUUUUCAGUGACGUAGUGAAGUUCAAUGAGAUCUGCAUCCACAUAACACCGAUGCAGGUGGUGGACAUGCUGAACGAGAUCUACAUUGUCUUUGACACGCUCAGCGAGAAACACAACGUCUACAAGGUGGAGACCAUCAGAGAUGCUUACAUGGUUGUGGCAGGAGUACCCAACAAAACCACAUUCCAUGCACACCACAUCUGUGACAUGGCACUAGACAUGCUUAGCUCCAUUGACCACCUCAAAGACCCAUCCACUGGGGACAACAUCCAGAUACGUGUGGGGAUCCACUCUGGCAUGGUGGUGGCUGGCGUGGUGGGGCUAAAGAUGCCACGCUACUGUCUGUUUGGGGACACAGUCAAUACAGCCUCCCGAAUGGAAAGCAAUGGGGUGGGUAUGCAAAUCCACAUCAGCCAGACCACAAAGGAUCACCUGGAGCAUGAACCCUACAUUAUUGAGGAGAGAGGCAAGAUCUUUGUUAAGGGUAAAGGUUACAUGAAGACAUACUGGUUGAAGGGGAAGAAGGAUCUAUCAUUUAAAACCCCAGCUGAACUAAGAUAUAGCAGUGAGCAAAGGGAUUCAGAAGACAGGAGCUCCAAUAGUUCCACCUGCACCAAUGCUAAGCGCUCCACCUCUAAUCUCAAUAUACCAAAUGAGGAACAGGCAGAAGGGAAGCCAACCCCGACUGACUUGCCACCAGAUGCCCUCCCACCUCUGGAGGGCACAACAGAGGCCCCCACUUCCUCCACUGAGCCCCAAGACAAAGAGAAAGCUAAAAAGACUAAAAACAACAAAGGGGGAAAGCCAGAAGCCAGCUCAGGGAACGUGCAGGAGACUACUCCCUCUGCUGGCGGCUCUGAGAAUGCAGGUCCAACAAUCUACAACAAGAAGCACAAUUACAGGCACCAGUAUACCCGGUUACCAGCAACCCAUCCCAUGCGUAGCACCACCUGUAGCAUCCUGUGA